CUAACAACGAGUUGUGGUGGUUAGACGUCAGCGGAUCAUCGGUUGCAACGCCGAUCGGGAGAGACAAGGACAGAGGAGUCUACGUUGUACUGAUUCGCGUCGAAUCGCGUGGCAGACGCUCGUGCCGGCCCUCCAACCUAUAGAAGAUGAGACACUUCGGGCACCGUUACGUGUACCUGGCCUUCCUGCUGGCGUCAGCCUCGGCAAGGUCGGCGGACACCAGCCCUACCAUCAACUCCAUCGACGAGCAGAGCGCAAGGUCGAGCAGCAGCAACGUCUUCGCGGACCUGAGGCAGGUGUACCAAAUCUACAAAGAGUGCGCUGACCAGGAGCUCAGUCCGUGCCUGAAAAUGAGGCUCCUCUCCGCGGUAGACAGGAUGUACAGGAGCAUUCAGUUGAACGUAGCAGACGGGGUCACCUUCAUUCGCGACGACCCCGCAAUUGCCGAAGAGGAUCCUGUCAAAUCCCUCCAGGAGAUCGAGGCUAGCCUGCCCAGAGCGUUGGAUGACAAGGAGGACGCGUUGAACAACAUGAUCUACGACAAGAUCGUGAAGUUCUUCCAGAGCCACACGCUGAAACUGAAACUUCCCAAUGUCGAGGAACUCCAACGCAGUCUCGUGGAGGAAGGUCGCAAGAAGAAGAAGAACAUGGGCCUCCUGGCGAUUCCACUGUUGAUCGGUGGAACCCUGGUGCCCUUGGCCCUGGGAGCACUGGCCCUGCUGGCGGGCAAAGCUCUGAUCGUCAGCAAGCUGGCGCUGGUGCUGGCGUCCAUCAUCGGGCUGAAGAAGCUGGUGUCCGGUGGCGGUGACCACGGGCACGAGGUCGUCCAAGUGGCAAGCGGCGGGCACGGGUCCAGCGGAUGGGCGAGAUCGAGCCACGACCUCGCCUACUCCGCCUACAAGCCGUCGUCCACCUAGGGAAACAAUGGCUCCGGGGCGUCGAGCAGUCCUCUUUUCAAUCUCACUUCGCUUUCCCCAGCCGGUACUUUCCUCCUCGAUCGUUC